ACACUCCUCAUAGGGAAUUAUGGUCUCCAGAUCUUUGAUCAUUUGAGUCACCCUCUGGACGCCUUCCAGAAUACCAGUAUAUUCCUUAGAAGUUUCCUGCUUAAGGGCUUACCCUGACCAGGCCUGACCUUGCUCAGCCUGUGAGGUAUAAUAAGUUCAGUGCCUGAGGUUAUCUCUUCUUCCUCUUUAUGACAACGGUGCCAAGUCCUGUUCUACAUCAUUAAACUGGAGCUUCUUAGCCCCUUGGGUAGCAGAAAAGAUGCUUGACAAUAUCAAAGGCUGGGCUGAAUAUAUUGUGGAAUGGGCUGCAAAGGAUCCAUAUGGAUUUCUCACAACGGUGAUCCUGGCUCUUACGCCCCUCUUCUUAGCAAGUGCAGUACUGUCAUGGAAACUGGCAAAAAUGAUAGAAGCCAGAGAGAAAGAACAAAAGAAGAAACAAAAACGCCAGGAAAAUAUUGCGAAAGCUAAACGAACAAAGAAGGACUGAAAUGCCAACCCAACUGGACAGAUCUUUUCUUAACCAAGAAUUCUUAUGUUUGUAUAUUUUUGUGUUGUAAUCUUUCUAGGACAUGGAUAUGAGCAAAUCUGAUAAAUCCUGAGGUAAUUUGUUCUUUUUAUUUUGUUAUUAAAGUCUUGUCAUUAAUUUUAAUAGCUUUUGAGAAGUGUUGUCCUGAGAUUUAAUUUCUAAUUUGGAAUGUAUUUGUAAACAAGAUAUCAGUAACACUAUAUGUAUGUAAUGUGUUUAUAAAGUAUGAACUAUCAUUUUGUUGACUGAUUAAAUAACUAGCUCCUUACAA